AGGAAGAGGAGGGAGAGGGAGGGAGGGAGGAGGAGGAGAAGCCGGAGUAAAGUUUGUCCAAGUUUGCACAUCCCUUCGGAAACGCCAUUUUGAUUCGUCUCCUCUUCGGAUCAAGUUUGCAGCCUCUCCGCCUUCAUCUUCAUCCUCAUCUCGGCGCUCACCAUCGUCAUCGUCGGCCGCCACGAUGUCUGGCCGCGAGCGGCCCAACCCCGACAAAGUCCCACUGUGAACGGCGGUCGCAGACGCGCACCAAAAAGAAGCAAGCGAGCGUUUCUUGGCAGACAUGGACAACUGCACAGAGAAGCAGGAAGGAGGCGGAGCCAAUGCCGCGCCGAACGGUGAGGAGGCGGAGCCCACGCCGCCGAGUAGCAUCAAAGCCGCACCCGACGCCACCAAGAAUGCGGACGAGAGCCGACAGAGCGUCCGGGGCGGCGACGGCGGAGGAGGCGGAGACUUGUCCUCUAUCAACGCCAUGAUGUCGGCCGUGAUGGCGGCCGCGGGAAACCUGAACGGAGAAGGGGACGCGCCGAGCGACGCGACCCCCGCGGGCUCACCGAGCCCGUCGCUCAACAAGACGCCCGCGUCGUCGGCCACGAGGGCGCCGCCCGCCCGCAACGUCCGACGCAGCCAGGACGCCAAAGACGAUCACGCCGCGCACGUGUGCCCGCUUUGCGACAAGAGCUGCCAGUCGCAGCAUCAGCUCACCAUGCACAUCAGACAGCACAACGCGGACGCGGGCGCCACGGACCACUCGUGCAGCAUUUGCGGCAAAUGUUUGAGCUCGGCGUCUUCGUUGGAUCGGCACAUGCUGGUGCACAGCGGCGAAAGGCCCUACAAGUGCAGCGUGUGCGCGCAGACCUUCACCACCAACGGCAACAUGCACAGACACAUGAAGAUCCACGAGAAGGACCCCGCCAGCGGCCUCCUGCCAGUCAGCCCGCCGUCGCCCACCAAGCGGCGCCGUCCGUCGGCUAAGCGGCGCCAAGACCCGGAAGACGAGGGCGCCGAAGAGCCGCCCGCCAAGAAGGUGACGGACGACUCGCCCUCGGAGGAGAGCGCCGCCGCGCCGACGACGCCGAGCGUCCUGUCGGCCGGCGCGCGGGCCGGAGACGAGCUGGCGCUUCCCUGUCCCAUCUGCUUCAAGACCUGCGGCGGCAGGCUGGAGCUGGACGCUCACAUGGACACGCACCCGGACACUACACUCAAGUGCGACUUGUGUUGCCUUUCCUUCCGCACGCACCGCGGUCUGUUGCGUCACAACGCGGCCGUCCACAAGCUCCUCCCCCGAGACCCCAGCGGCCAACCCUUCAUCCAGACCAACCCGUCCAUCCCGGCCGGCUUCAACGACCUUUCCUUCGUCGACUUCUCCUGCAAGAAGUUUGCUCGCGUCGCGCAGGUGUGGUGCGAGACCAACCUUCGGCGCUGCGUCGGCAAGUUUCACCGCUUUGUGUGCGAGUCGUGCGAUAAGGCCUUCCCGCUGCGCCCCGCCCUCGACCUCCACAAGAGCGCCGCCCACCCGGCCGACGGCGGGGCCGAGGAAGCGCACGACGCCCCCCCGCGGGGCGGGGACCGCUCGGAAGACGCUCCGCUUUACCCGCAGUCCGACUUCAUGGAAGCGCUGGGACUGCGGCACGUUUCCAAGGUGACGCGCACCCCCACGGAGGACGAGAUCCACCAGGCGCACCUGGACAGCAUCAAGGUGAUCCACGUGGAGCCCCUGAGCUGCAGCCUUCCCCAGGAGCCCGCCUUCCUGACGGCGCCGGGCGUCCCCCUGCUGGAGCGAUCGGCCGCCGUCGCCGCGUCCACCCUGCAGGGUCUGUCUCAGAGGGACGCCCUCAGCCUGCUGACCCUGCAGCCCUUCCAGGCGGGUUUCCUCCUGCAGCCCGACGGGGCCGCCGCCGUCAAAACGGGCGAGGCGGGCGGCGUGGUGGAGCUGGCCGACAUCCAGCAGAUCCUCAAAGUGGCCGCCGCCGCGCCCAACCAGAUGGGGCUGGGCUUCGCCGCGGGGCAAGGUCAAGUCCAGAACCAGAAGGCGAUGCCGCCCCUGAAGCCCAAGCCCCCCGCGACGCCCCGAUCCAGCCUGACGCCGACGACGCCGCCGCCCCUGCAGAGCUCGCAGCAGGCGUCCCUGGGCUGCAUCGGUCCCGGGCCGCCGCCGCCGCCGCCGCCCGCCUCCGCCCUCUUCAAGACGCCCUCCUCUUCCUCCUCGGCGGAGACCCGCCGGCCGCCGACCGACUCUCCGCCGGCCGCCGCCACCGCCGCGCACGAGGAGGCGGGGCUCGGCGGGAAGAAAGCGGGAAUGAAAGCGCCGGGCGUGGCCGACGCCGGCUCGGCCAAAGGCGCCUUCUCGUGCCGCUUCUGCGACCAGGUCUUCUCCUUUUCGGGCGUCCUGCACGCUCACAUGCGUUUCCACCUGGGCAUCCUGCCCCACCAGUGCAACAUCUGCGACUACGUGGCCCCCGACAAGGCCACGCUCAUACGCCACCUGCGCACCCACAGCGGCGAGCGGCCGUACAUCUGCCGCGUCUGCCACUACCCCUUCACCGUCAAGGCCAACUGCGAGCGCCACCUCCGCAAGAAACACGGGAAGACGUCCCGCAAGGACAUCGAGAAACACAUCAAGUGCGUAUUCUCCGCCUCGCCCUACAACCCCAGCGGCACCGCCGACACCGAGACGGGACGCGGCGGCGCCGAGACCGUGUGCCGGUUCUGCGGCGAGGACCUGAAGACCUACCGGGCCCUGCAGAUCCACCUGCGCACGCACAACGGCUGCCAGAGGAAACCUUUCGAGUGUCGGCGUUGCGGCGCCGCCUUCCUGGCCAAGCGCAACUGCAUCCACCAUCUCCUCAAGCAGCACCCGGAGGUCCAGGAGCGCGAGAUCGAGGAACACAUCGCCAGCGUGCGGCCCGCCGAGGCGCCCGCCAGGACGAGGGACGCCACCCCGUAUCACCGAGAACUGGACCAGCCUCUGGACUUUUCGGCCAAGGGGCGAGGCGCUCACGCGGCCAUCAAAGCGGAAAGCGUGUCGCCCUCCUCGGCGUGCCCGCCCCCGGACCAACCCGUCGACCUGUCCGUCCCCAGCAAGCGCCUCCGGCGCGCCGAGGCCGACGGCUGCCGGAUGGAGACGCGGCAAAACUGCGGCGUCCCGGCCGACGAGGACAAGGGGGCGGCCGCCUCGCCGCCGGGGGGGGGCCGCUUCCCCCCCGGCCCCUCCCCCGCGCCCCUGCUCCGCCCCCAGCGCCUCAAGCCCCUCCUCCCCAAGCCCGCCUCCCUCAAGGAGCUCCCCCCGUUGGCGUCCAUCGCGCAGAUCAUCCACUCGGUGUCCGCCGCCCCCGACCUGCUGAAGAGGGACGUGGCGUCCGAUUCUCCCUCGGAGUUGCCGGGCGGCUCCGCCACUCCGGAGACGCCGGGCGACGACAGCGUCAGGAAGAGGAACAGGAAGAAGAGCGCCAAGGACGCUCUGGUCCUGAGCGGCGCCGGCGUGCUGGACUUGGAGUCCAGCGGCGAGUUUGCCAGCGUGGAGAAGAUGCUCGCCAACACCGACGCCAACAAGUUCACCAACUUCCUGCAGACCGGCGCCGACGAACUUCCGCCAAAGACGGCUCCCGGAGACGGCGAGCGAGCGGACGAGGAGGCGGGGCCGAGAGAGGACGCCAAGACGACGACGGCGGCGGCGCUUCCUCAGUCCAAAGGCAAGAAGAACGCGUACUCCAACUCGGUGCAGAAGAUGACGUGUCCCUUCUGCCCUCGCGUCUUCCCGUGGGCCAGCUCGCUGCAGAGGCACAUGCUCACGCACACGGGCCAGAAGCCGUUCCCGUGCCCGCGCUGCGACGCCUUCUUCUCCACAAAGUCCAACUGCGAGCGCCACCUGCUGAGGAAGCACGGCGUCACCAACCGGACGCUCCGACGCAACGGCGUCUUUGCCAAGAAAGGAAGCGACGACGGCUCGCACGAGAGCGCAGAAAGUCAGUCGGACGCCGAGCCGCCGGCCAAUGACGGGUCGCCGCCCGGCCACGCCCCUCCCGGCGCCGUCAAAGAGACGUCCCCCGAGCGGAGGCGGGAGGAGCCCGCAUCACGCAGCCCCGCCCACAAGCCCAGCUCAGCGGGUUCGAGUCCUGUUCCAGCCUGUGAGCUUGAGUACCAACAGGGGGCAGCAGAGAACUCGACCGACGCAGCCAAAGAAUCUCCGCCCGGCGCCAAGGGCGAUCACGACGACGACGACGACGACGGCGGCGACGAGGACGACGACGACUGCCACAGCAACAAAAGUUUGGAUUUGAACUUUGGCUCCAAGCUGAUCGACUUCAAACUGUCCAAUUCGACCCCCGGCCCCGGCCCCGCCCCUCAGGAGGAGGCGUCCGCCGCCCUCGCCGCGGACGCGCCCGAGGCCCCCUCGACCGGCCUCGCCGCCAAGCCCCAGGCGGACUGGAAGCACGUUUGCGGAGUCUGCCGCAAAAGCUUCCGCUACGCCACCACCCUCGCCCGCCACGAGAGGGCGCACCUCGGCCAAGAGACGCCGCCCGACGCGAAGGAGGCGUCCGCGGCGCCGGCCUGGGACGCAAAGGAGGAGCGAGCCGAAGAGGAGCCCGAGCCCAAAGACGACGACAAGGACGAGGCGGCGAGGGCCGGCGACAGCGACGGCGCGGAGAGCGGCGGCGGCGGCGGCGGCGGCGGCGGCGACGACGACGACGACGGCGACAAUAAGGACGACGAGCGCAGCGACGGGGAGGUGUCGUCGGAGGCCAAGAGCCUGGAGGGCGCCGACUCCGCCAACGCCGUCGGCGCCGCCGUGGACAAACGCAAGAAGAAGACGUGCGCCGUCUGUGCAAAAAGAUUCUGGUCGCUGCAGGACCUCACCAGACACAUGAGGUCACACACGGGUGAGCGCCCGUACCGCUGCGCCACGUGCGAACGCACCUUCACGCUGAAGCACAGCCUGGUUCGCCACCAACGCAUCCACGCCAACAAGACGCCCAGCGAGGACGGGGACGCCCACACGCCCACCGAAACGUGUCCGCCCUCCGAGAACGAAAGCGAGUGCGCCAAAGACUUGGACGACGCCCCCCCUUCGGACCCGGAGCAGACUCAGACGCCGCCCGCCGCCGCCUCCGAGGAGACGCCCGAACUUGGCGCGGCCCCCCCGGAAACCAACCAUCCCCGUCGAUCGGUCGCCGACGCCGAGAUGAGCAGCGGCGCGACGGACACGUCCGCGGCGCCGAACCCGGACGUUUCCCGGGAGCUCCCGGCGGGCGGGCUCUGAUCCGGGGCCUCUUGGCGCUCCGAGCCCCGCCCCUUCUGGAUUACAGGCCGGCAUUGGUCGCGGACUGAGUGCGGGCGGAGGACGCCGCACCUUUAACAAGUGCCUUACUACUUGUCCUUUUAUAGCUUUUUAACUUUUGUUUUGUCAGCGAGAAGAUCAAGAUGGCCGACGUGCGUCACGUGACACUUCUUGUAACUGGAAAAGAUGGCGGACGGAAGAACUGUCGGCGUCGCCGUCCGCCCCUCAGCUAGGAUGCGAGGAUAUCUCAGUAGACUUUGGUUGUUUUGACUUUUUUGCUUUUGUGAGGGAUUUUGUUUCCUUUUAGUUUGUAAGUGGACAAAUGAAAACGUAGCCGCGUUAGUUUGUGCGCCGGUCCGGGUCCAAAUUACCUCAACAGUGUCAAUCACGUCUUCCUGCUCGCUAGCAAGUAAGCACAGCUGGUACUAGCGGGCGCAAUUAGCUUGAGCUUUUAGCUACGCCUGGCCUCCGCUCCGGAGGGCUAACACUACUCGUCCGCCGCCUUCUCGACACUUUUGCGUCACCCGACGACUGUUAGCUAAGAGCGGACGUGAAGGGAUUCCAACGAUGUCGAGUGAGUCAGGCGGGCCAGCUAACGAGCUAACAGCGGUCCGCUACAAGUAUUAGCGCGUUUGCCCCGGAACACGCCUUCUCCGCCCCUCCGUCGACUUUCUUCGCUCACGCUUAAAUUAAUUCUUACUUUAAAUAUCAAAGUCGUUUGGUUUUUGUAAGUUGGCGUCAAAGACAAUCAAAUGCAAAUAGCAAAAAAAGUUGCUGGGAUGAAAGGUAAACACUAGCUUGCUUUUUUUUUUUUUUUUUUUUUUUUUAAAACUGUGUGUGUGUGUGUGUGUGGGGGGGGGGGAGGGGGCUCGAUUGUCCUCUCCUAUGUUGUGCCUCAAAUAAAUCAACUCAAAACACCUCAAAAUUUUGUCACCACCAAGCACGUUACUUCACUGCUCUGACUGGACACUAACUACUACCUACUACUACUCUUAAUUGUACUCGAGUACUACUGCUUGUAUUUGAACAUGAUCAGAAGCAAUUUCAUCUCUGCAACAAGCUAAUGCGGAUAGCAUCAAGAGCUAGCCAGCCGUUAGGCCAAGCAAGCUAACGUUCGAUUGCAACGAGUGCUCGGAGCGGCCUCCGACGUGCAAUGUUGUUAAAGGGAAUCUUAUUUUACAGUCGCGCUGCCAACAAUGAUGACUUCUGCGCGCGCUCAGCCGUGUGGAUCGUUUGUAAAAAAAAAAAAAAAAAAAAAAAUCUUUGUUUGUGCGCGUGCUUUGCAGUGAACCAAAGUUUUGAAAAAGUCAAGUCGACGCUUGAAAAUUGAGUCGAGUCAAUCAAAGGUUAGACUGAGGCGCUUGUUGAUGACAUCGUCGAGUCGCACGCGCACACGCGGCUGGCCGGGCUGCAAACGAGCAAUAAAUAAUCCAAGGAAAAAGACAAAAAAAAAAAAAAAAAAAGCUUUAAUCAUCAGAUCUUUUGUUCUUUCUGUCAAACUGUGAACAUUAUUAUUAUUAUUGUUUUUCUCUUCUUCUGGGUGACUUUUAGGAUAGUUUUUUUUUUUUUUUGCAUGUUUAAUCAAAAUAUGCUUGAUUUCUGCACACACACACACACAAAUGUCAUAUAAUAAAAUGUCAUCGCUCUCAGGGUUCUUCUCAAACUUUGUUUUGCUUCCUGAGGUGCAAACUUUGAUUUGUGAUUUCAUGUCGACUAUCAAUCGAUCACGCCAGCACUUGACUGUGAACGCACGCACGCACGCACGCACACUCUUUUCAACAAGAGGAAGUCAAUAAAAAAAAAACAAAAAUAAAGCUUGAAAACUCGCCCGCCGCCUCAUC